AUGGCUCUAAUCCAAAUGUUGUGUAUUGGCGGAGUUUUGAUAACCCAACUGAUACUUGGUUGCCUGGUUGGGUUCAAUAAAAGACCUAACCAAAGUCAGAAACUUAUUUCAUGGAGAAGUCGAGAAGAUCCAGCCACGGGAUUUUACAACUUACAAUCAGAUUCAAGUGGAACAAGUCAGUAUUUUGUAUACCGGAACAACUCCGAACAAAUUUGGAAAAGUGGGGAGUGGAAUGAAGAAUCAAAAACCUUUCAAUUAGUUCCUGAGAGUUACAUUUCGAAUGUAAAUGAGAGUUACUUCACUUAUUCACUUUACAACAGUUCUAUCAUAUCUAGAUUUGUUAUAGAAACAAGACAAAAAUGGAAUUUGUUUUGGUCUCAACCCAAAUUGUGUGAUGUUUAUGGCAUUUGUGGUCCUUUUGGCAACUGCAACCAGCAGGAUAUCUAUGGUAGCUGUGAGUGUUUUCCGGGCUUUGCCCCACGAUCUCCUACAGAUUCAUCUGGCGGAUGUGUAAGGAGCACGCCUUUGCAAUGUGGGAGUAAACAUGGGUUUUCCCCAAUCCCAACUUCAGGAUUGCCUGAUAAACCCCUGUAUUCAGAAAUAGAUAGCGCUGAAGAAUGCAAAUCAGCUUGCGAGGCUACAUGUUCUUGCAGUGCUUAUGCUUUCGACUAUCGAUGUCAUUUGUGGGAUGGAGAUAUAAUAAAUAUCAAUAAUAUUACAUCAUCUCGUUAUGCAACAAUUGUUUUCUAUCUCAGACUAGCAGCCACGGAAAUCCUCAAUCCUUCACCUGUCUCUAGCAGUCUCGUACCUGUUUCUACUGCUGCAUGUAAGUAA